ACACACCCCCAUAUGUGCUGCCUGCCUGCUGUGGGCUGUGCUGUACUCACUCACUGCUCUGCACUAAUGUUUAGUAUUUUCACACACAUCACCCUCCCAGCUGUGUCUGCUACCAAGUCCUCUCUUGGAACUCCGCUACCUGCUCAGGAGAUCAUGAAGGAUUAAAGCCCAGCACCUGCGUAAGAGCAGCUCCCCUGACAGCUGAUCUGUGUUUAGAGAGAAGGAGAGGGGGCUUCUCUCCCUGGACUCCCAUUGUCAUGUCUGGAUCCCUGUGUAAAACUCUGUAUGCCUUCUCUGGGGACCAACACCAACAAGGUCUGAAGUUUGAAGCCGGGGAGGUAAUUAAUGUCCUGCAGGUGUUGGAUGGAGGCUGGUGUGAAGGAGAGAAGGAUGGGGUCAGAGGCUGGUUUCCUGCCAGCUAUGUACAGAUUUUGGAGAAACCUGGAACAAUGAAUCCUCAAAGGAUAGAAGACCCAUCUCAUGGGCUUCCCCAAGGCUGGCAGUCCUACAUGUCACCGCAGGGCCGUAGGUACUACGUCAACACAUUCACCAAUGAGACGACAUGGGAGCGGCCGAACAGCUCGCCAGUGAGUGUGAAAAGCCCCGUGGUCAAGAAGUCCUCUUUACCAACAGUAAACGGAUACCAUUCUGCGUCCCCUGCUCACCAGACAGAUUCUGGCCAUGUGACUAUACGAAAAGCAAGCAGUGAGCCCCAGAGUCCGGGGUCCCCGUCGUCAACCAAAAGACAGUCCAAGGAAACGACCAUCACGAUAAAUUGUGUGACAUUCCCACAUCCGGACACCAUGCCUGAGCAACAGCUGCUAAAACCAGGAGAAUGGAGUUACUGUGACUAUUUCUGGGCCGAUAAGAAAGACCCCCAAGGUAACAGCUCAGUGAGCGGCUUCGAAGACCUCCUUCAAAAACAGCUCAAAGGCAAACAAAUGCAGAAAGAAAUGGCCGAGUUUAUUCGGGAAAGAAUAAAAAUCGAAGAAGAAUAUGCCAAAAACCUGGCAAAACUGUCUCAAAACUCCCUGGCCUCGCAGGAAGAAGGGACCUUGGGGGAAUCGUGGGGGCAGUUGAAGAAAAGUCUUGCCGACGAGGCAGAAGUUCAUCUCAAGUUUUCUUCUAAGCUACAAAGUGAGGUGGAAAAGCCUCUGCUCAGUUUUAGGGAAAACUUCAAGAAGGACAUGAAGAGGUUCGAUCAUCACAUAGCAGAUUUACGGAAGCAGCUGGCCAGCCGAUACGCCUCUGUGGAAAAGGCCCGGAAAGCGCUAGCCGAGCGGCAGAAAGAUCUGGAAGUGAAAACACAACAACUCGAGAUUAAACUCAGCAACAAAACAGAAGAAGAUAUUAAGAAGGCACGGCGAAAGUCGACACAAGCAGGGGACGAUCUGAUGCGUUGCGUGGAUCUGUACAACCAAGCCCAAUCUAAAUGGUUUGAAGAGAUGGUGACCACUACGUUAGAACUCGAGAGGCUGGAGGUCGAACGUGUUGAGAUGAUACGGCAGCACCUUUGCCAAUACACACAGCUACGGCACGAAACAGACAUGUUUAACCAAAGUACAGUAGAACCAGUGGACCAGCUGCUUCAGAAAGUGGAUCCAGCCAAAGACAGAGAGCUGUGGGUCAAGGAGCACAAAACGGGUGACAUCAGACCCAUCAAUAUGGACAUAUAGACUGAAACGCUCCGAUGUACAGAUGUUUCUCGUAUUGCUUGGACUGCCAGUUUCCUAUAAAUCGGAGACCCGGAGCCUGUAAAUUACUGUAACAAACACAAAUGUGACGGCGCCAGAUCCUAUUUUCAUAGGUCACAAAAUGCUUGCUUUGGAGAAUAUGAAUGUGGUGGGUGAAAAUAAUGAAGAUCGUGAAAUCUGAAUUGACAGAUUUUGUUUUUUCUUCUAGCAGGAAUUUGGAAAAGAUUUAAUAUUCAGGUGUGAUGGACUCUUGCCAAGGUAGUGUGAUGAAAAAAUAAUCCGAGAUGCAUGUUUCCACCCAAAGCAGAGACGUAUACACCUUCCAGACACAAAAUGAUUCUAGCUGCAGUAAAAUGAAAAUCGAGCGAUUGUUUGUUUUACAUAGACUGUUUCCCUGAACAUAAAGUGUGUAAUUUAUAUAAAUACAGAAGGAAAGGAUGUGGGGGGGGGGACUGUCCUUUGUUUAAUGUACUAAUGUGUAAACUGGUAAAAUAUACCCCUUACAAUUAACAGGAGGGCAACUCAUGCCCCCCGUGUCCACAUUAGCAGCCUUUUCUUAAUCAAUAGAGAAUGGAAUAAAGGAUUAACAUGCACACAAAAUCUAGACAGGGACUUUUCUAAUGUCUCAGCUGUUUUUAAGAUAUUUUUAUAACCGUUUCCACUUGCCUGCUUGGGAAGCAUUAAGAAACUUGUCAGAUUUUACCCUAAUCCUCUGUACUCGUCUGUGAGAUAAAACUUCUCCGGUAAAGUGGGGAUUGUGAACAAACAGUCCUGGCUUUCUAACACUUUGCAGCAUGUAGACAUCAGCUCUUCGGACUAGUUAGGCGUUCAGUUUGUGAUCUUACACCUUGUACGUAGGUUUGUUAUUUCUCCUACAUUAGAGAAGAGUACAGGAGGUCACUGGCAUAAUGGCCAGCAUUGCAAUCAUCUUCAAACCUUAUUUUUAAGCCCCUAAAUAUUACCCAAGAUGAAUAGAUAAAUAUAAGCUAAUCAAAGUUCUUCGUUAACAUGAAAAGGCAAGAGACCAGUUGUAUGCAUGCAUGUGCUAAUGGUUUGAUGUGCAUAAUAAUCGGAACUAUUUUAAGAUUCCUUUUCCCUUGUUUAAAACAUACAGCAACCAGUUGCUGGUGUAUCGCAGCCGAGUCCUGUCUUCCUAUUUGCUGGAAUGAUAGGAGGCUACAUGAGCUCAUGGGUGUGAUGUCACAUUUCUGCAUGCUCACGAGCCUCAUUAAAGUCCCCUUUUCACUGCCACAGUUGGCCUUUUAUUAAUAAAAAAAUAAUGAAAUUUGAUUGUGUAAGGGAAUGGUAACACAGACCUCAAUGCGAUGUCACAGUUGGGGGGCUUUGCAAAUUCUGCUAAGUCCCCAGACGGUGAAAAUGCUGUUUUAAUUUGAGUACUGAGUUUCUUCGUUUAGUGAAUAACUCUCUAUAUGAAUUCACUGUACAUACAACAAAGGGCUAUUAAUAAUAUAUAGCAACACUUGGUGGCUGCAACACGGCUAGUCAAAUGCUGCUUCUUUGACAUGGAAGGAUCAGUAUUACAUCGUUAUCUCUUUAUCUUAACUGAAUGUGGUUUCUGUGAGAGUAGCUUUCUAGUUACAGCAACUGGGGGCACCAAGAGGAGCAAGCACACUCGCUUAUCCUACCAUGCACCCAGCACCGGCAGAAGAUCCUCUGAAGACAUAGACUGGAUUGUAAAAUGUGACUUCUGGAGAUUGAAUUGGUAGAG